AUGACAUGUAAAUGCGAUACAAAUGAAGGGUUAAUACAAACCAUACAUCAACUCAACAGACAAUACGAGACAAUCAGUGGUCGACCCAAACCUCAUGACAUCGACGACAACACGAGUAAAGUUACCACCGAUGAGAUCAUUAAUACCGCGAGUAAGCAUCAGUUGUCGAUACAAACUGUGGACACAUCCAGUACUCAAACGGAUAGUCAAAGACCUAAUGAUAUACCGGUUUUGCAAUCAAAUUGUCGGCCAUUGAGUGACGCAAAUGGACAUCACUUUUACGAUUUAAUUACUGACAAUUCAGUAAAACGGAUGGGAAAUAACAAUAAACUACUUUUUGGUGAAAAGCCGGCAAACGAUGAGAACAGCUGUUAUGUGAUUGAAAUUAAAGAAAUCAAAGCCACGGAACAAAUGAACGGUGAUAUGAAGAAUACUCAAAAGCGUAUGACAACAACUGGCGGCCAGUUAUUGGCCACCGAACUGUUGGCACAGAACCGCACGUUUCGCCGAUCACUCCAAUCGGCGCAACAGUUGACCGAAAAGACAAAUCUCACAAAUACUACCAUUAAUGAGAGGACAGUUGGCAAACAUUCCUCCGCAACCACUUCUUCGCCAGCAAAACGGGCGAAAGGUUUUGUCAUAUCGUUGAGUGAAUUGCGCCGAAAGCCAUACCCGUGUCGGACCUGUUAUCAACGUUUCCAGACUCAGGCCGAGAGAGCCAAACACUAUGAAGAAACUCACGGACGCCGGCCAUCGAAACCAGUGUUUAAAUGUCUUCACUGUCAGCGCUUGUUCUCAUUGAGACGACAGUAUUGGCGCCACAAAUGCAAUAAGUCUGUGGACAACGGAGCGGAAGACAAUGGCUCAGAAACCACACCACAGACUUCGCUCGUAGUAAACACAGGCACCGCAUCGGCCGGUAGUUCAAUCGCGACCGCCCGUCCAGACCAGCCGUUCGCGUGUCCAAAGUGUCCGUUCGCUGCCGAGACGCCGACUGACCUUCAACUGCACGUGAAGGGAGUCCACCGCCCGAAGCCUGUGUACGAGUGCGACACCUGUUCCUAUCGCACGGUCUGGGAGUAUGUGUUCGCCAAACAUUGCAAAACGCACGACACGAGCAACGAUUUCGGGUGCGGUGUCGGCUACUGUCCGCUGAAGUUCGUGCGCGAACUCGAUCUCGAGCGCCACCACAACACCGAUCACACGGCACUUUCUGAACGCGUCCAUCGAUGCGAGGUUUGCGGCGCCGACACCGGCUCGCGAACCGAUCUCCGGCAGCACGUGAUCGCCACCCAUGGCUUCUCGUGCCGUACGUGCGGCCAGAGGUUCUUCGACGCGAUCCGAUUGGCCGAACACCAGAGCGCCGCCCACUCGGCCGACAAGUCGUUCUGGUGUCGAGUGAACGGUUGCGACAAACGGUUUGACACCAAAUCUAGCCUCGAGUUUCAUCAGCGGUUUAUCCACUCAAACCAAUUGCUGUUUGUGUGCGAUAUUUGUGAACACAUUUACGACACCGAAGACGAGUGGACACAGCAUUUGCCUAAUCAUAGUCAACAGCCGACCGGAUCCAGCGGUGGCGACGGUAGUGGUGGUCGACCGCAAUCGAAACGCAAUAACGCCGGCGAUAGAGGCCAUCGGCGGCCAUUGAAGUGCAAUUACCCCGAUUGCGGCCAAACGUUUACCAAUUACUACUAUUUGGGUAAACAUAAGCGAACCGCACACUCGGCCCAAGACUACGUGUGCCAUCGCUUUGGAUGCAAUCGACACUUCAGGAGUGUGGAGCAACUCAACUAUCACCUCACCUCCACUUAUCCCUAA